CUAUCGGUUUAUGCCGAUUUUUAAUCAUAAAUUGGGAUAUGUCCCGAUUUCAGCUGUGAAAAAUCGGGACAGGUUAAAUUUUUAAACAUUUUCCUAGAAAAAUAGGUUCAAGCGGGACAUUAAGGAUAUUAGGCAGGACAUUGUUGAAAAAAGUGGAACUGUCCCACUCAAAAGUGUGCUGUUGGACAGCCUAGUCAUAAAUAGCAGUUACAAAAUGCAUUAGAGGUUACGAGAUUUUGUUUAUAAACUGACACAAAACUUUCAUAAACAGUCAAUCUUAUUUAAAGUUUUGAGUUAAAUAGACGUGCGAAUUGAAUAAUCAGUUACAAUGAAAAUUGUUUUCUUCUUAAUUUCAUUGUUUGUGUUGAUAGCAGUCAUGAAUUGUGAUGAUCCCCAAGUAAUCUGCAAGCUAGAGGAAAAAACUGGAACUUGCCGUGCAGACAAGCCAAGAUGGUACUAUGAUGCAUCGUCAAAAUCAUGUCGCUUGUUCACUUAUGGAGGAUGCAAUGGCAAUGCCAAUAACUUUCAUACUGAGGCAGACUGUAUGGCAAAAUGUAACGGAGUUUGAAGUAAUAAUUUAAAAGCUUAUAAUGACUGUUUACUUAAUGAUUAUGAUGUGAAUUUAAUAAAAAAGAAUUACAUUAA